AUGCACCUGGAGAGGCAAGAGGCAAAACUUUUUGAGGCUGCAACCUCAAGAUCUUCCACUUCAUGUGAUUCUAUUGGAUAUAAUGGUUCACCUUUUCCACCUGGUAGCGUACCCUUAAAUUUGCCAGAUGUACCAGAGGAUAGGCCACUAGACAAUAUUCCAAUACUCGUUGACAAAGAAUCUCAUAAAACUGAGUGUAUUAGAUCUAAGAUCAAGACCGUAGUGGCUGUAAAUGAAUCUCCAAUAAUUCCGACAGCUGAUAAACCUGAGGGUUCUGUACCUCAGAAGGAUGGAAAGGACUCUUCAAGCAGUGCUGCAGAACAAAAGAAUGCAAAUAACUUUGGCUUAAAGCAGCCUGUGGCUUUUCUUCUCUCAGCAAUGUCUGAGACUGGCUUAGUCUCUCUUCCUUCCAUGUUAAUUGCUGUGCUAUUGCAGGCUAAUAACCGGUUAUCUACUGAACAGAGCUCGUAUGUCCUUCCAUCUAAUUUUGAGGAUGUGGCAGCUGGAGUGCUGAAGGUGUUGAACAACCUGGCGCUAAUUGAUGUAACUUUCAUUCAAAAAACAUUAGCUCGGCCUGACCUUAAAAUGGAGUUCUUUCACUUGAUGAGUUAUCUUCUUUCGUAUUGCACGGCCAAGUGGGGAAUAGCUACCGAUAAGAUUGGUCAGCUUUUGCUGGAAUCUUUAGUACUUCUUGGAUACUUUGCCUUGUUCCAUCCGGAGAAUCAAGCUGUCUUACGAUGGGGAAAGAGUCCGACCAUCCUUCACAAGGUCUGCGAUUUGCCUUUCGUGUUCUUUAGUGAUCCCGAGUUGAUGCCAGUAUUAGCCGGCACAUUAGUGGCUGCUUCAUUUGGAUGUGAACAGAACAAGGAUGUUAUUCGGCAGGAACUCAGUGUGGACAUGCUUCUUUCCUUGCUCAAAUCAUGCAAAAACAGUCCGUCCAAUUCAACCCUAAACGGCAUGCCAUCAGAAGAGCCUGGUGAAUCCAACCCUGUGGCUCUUGAAUUUAGAAAACUCCCAGUCGAUGCAUCUCAGAAAUCAUACCGAAACAAUCUAAGAAGCAAUCGAGGAUUUUCCCAGAGAGGGUUUAUGCCAGCGAAUGACACGAGAACAAUGAAGGUUCGAAACCCGAGAGACAACAAAGCAGGAAAGCCUUAUGAAGAGACUGGUUUGGGGCCCUGUCAAUCUUCGUCUGAAACUUCUGCCUCAAUGUUGAGAUUUCCGAUGAGCUUCAUCAAUAAAGUGGAGCAGAUUUUUGCUGCUAAAAUAACCAGACUAACGGAAGGUGAUUGA